UCGCCUUAUUGGGGGGGUCCGGUUUCUGGAGCGGAUUUUUUGUGAGGAGGCAAGCCCACCCCCCAACACCCCCUACCCAGGUACCAGCUACUGACAAUGUCGGCAGACGGCCCUGACGCUCACAUUACGGAGGUGAAACCAUUAGUGGAGAGAGAAGAGGCAAUCACACAUCUCCUACCUGACUUUGAUGUUCAGGAACAAGAUAUUGAGACAGUACAUGGCUCUGUCCAUGUUACCAUGUGUGGGACUCCUCGAGGAAAUAGGCCUGCCAUUCUAACAUACCAUGACAUUGGACUCAAUCACAAAACUUGCUUCAACCCCCUCUUCAAUUUUGAAGACAUGCAAGAAAUCACACAACAUUUUGCAGUCUGCCAUGUGGAUGCGCCUGGACAGCAAGAUGGGGCAGCCUCUUUUCCACCUGGAUACAUGUACCCUUCAAUGGAUCAAUUGGCUGAAAUGCUUCCUGGAAUUCUGAAACAGUUUGGGUUGAAAAGUGUGAUUGGAAUGGGAACUGGAGCUGGUGCCUACAUCUUAACCAGAUUUGCUCUUAAUCAUCCUGAUAUGGUGGAAGGACUCGUUCUUAUUAAUGUCAACCCAUGUGCUGAAGGAUGGAUGGACUGGGCAGCAACUAAGAUUUCUGGAUGGGCUCAUGCACUGCCAGAUAUGGUCAUCUCACAUCUUUUUAGUAAGGAAGAGAUUCACAACCAUCAGGAUUUGAUGCAUACUUACCGCCAACACAUCAUCAAUGAUAUGAAUCAAAACAAUCUGCAUCUCUUUGUCAACUCAUACAACAGCCGAAGAGAUCUAGACAUUGAGCGGCCUAUACCUGGAACAACUGUUGUAACUCUACAGUGCCCUUCACUGUUGGUGGUUGGAGACAGCUCUCCUGCAGUUGAUGCUGUGGUUGACUGCAAUGCUAAACUUGACCCAACAAAGACCACACUCUUAAAGAUGGCUGACUGUGGUGGUCUUCCUCAGGUUUCUCAGCCUGCAAAGCUCGCUGAAGCUUUCAAGUACUUCAUACAGGGCAUGGGAUACAUGCCUUCUGCAAGCAUGACCAGACUGAUGAGAUCCCGCACAGCAUCUGGUUCCAGUGUCUCCUCCCUUGAAGGGGGCAGGAGCAGGUCCCACACUGGCGAAGGAAACCGCAGCAGAGCCCACACUGGCGAGGGUGCCAGGAGCAGGUCCCACACUGGCGAUAACGUCCGGAGUCGUGCUCACACUGACACUCACAUUGAGCUCACUCCCAACUCUGCAAACAACACUGAACAACCCAGCCCCAAGUCGAUGGAAGUUUCUUGUUAAAUGAAAGGGGCUUGAAUUGGAAGUGAGACCUAACCACCAUCUACUGUGUAUCUUGAUACUUAACCUAAAGUGUUUUCUGUAACACAUGACUCUGUCCCCCACCUAGAGUUCAGCAGGGACCAAUAAAGCAGGCAUCUCAAGUUUCUCUGUUCCCUUAACAGAGGUUGCUGCUAUUCUGUUCUCCAACUAAUUCUAGAUUGCUUUAAAACUUGUCCAGUGGUGAAGCUAACAGCAUUUGAUCACCAAGAUUGCAACCUAAGCUACCUAGGAUCUUGUUCAGAAACAAAGCCUUUGAAGAUGAUCCAUCUCUUGCCCCCCAUCUCCCUUUUUUACACUGUUAAAAAAAGCCCUUUCCCAGUGUGUCUUUAAAUAAUUUGCUUUGGGGGAAACAAUGCAUGACUGGAGACUUUUAGAAAAAGUCUGAAAGUCAGGUGUAAGUUGGAUUUACUCAAAUCUGUACAUAUUAAUCGAAUGAGAUUUUGUGUCUGGCCUUGUGAGUAGUGUUCAAGGCCUGUUUUCCUACAUGAGAAUAUAUAUAUAUAUAUAUAUAUAUAUAUAUAUAUAUAUAUAUAUAUAUAUAAUAGGGAAUGUAUUGCAGUUUCAGGCAAACAAAAUCUUAAGCCUUCAUGCUAUUUAGUGGCAGUCUUUCUCCUUUUAGAACUAAAACUGCUUGAGCAAGUAAAGGGCAAGGUUAAAAUUAUUGUCAAAAGCAUACCAGCACUUGGUCUUACGUUUUGGACCUCAAAAGGAUGUUUGGAGAUGACAAAAUCAGUUGGCCUUGUGGCUACUUAGGGUAAUGUGUGUGGUGGUUGGGGGACCAGCAGUAAAUUAUCUUAGAAGGUGGAAAAGUAGAGUAAUGAUUAUAAAGUGCUCUAUAGUCAACUGCCAGGUUGGUCAGCCCCUACCAUUUCAGGAUUAAGACCUAGUGCUGGAUGAAUACUUUCCACACUGUUCAGGAGCGAGAGAUGCAAGACUGCAAUGGAGAUUUUGAUGACUGUGAAUGUAGAGGUGUAUUGAUUCUGCAGCCUGUCCUGAUGUCUGCAGAGCUCUAUUUUGGGGAGCAGUGUGCAACGCAACAGAUUUCCAGCAUAGAAUGGUUGUUGUUGUUUUUUUACAGAUUAUUUUUCACUGGCUUUCUGUUUGCUACUUCACAAUUUGUAAUAUGGCUCAUGAUUUUUGGGUGUCAAGCAUUUAAAACAUCAAGCAUCUCUACACCUGAAUAUCUUUGGCAUUUCAAAGAGAACUAAGCUCUAGUUUAGGCAAAUCACCUAUUUUCAAAAUGACAGCUGCAGAGUUUCUUGGGUGGUUGGCGAAGAGGAGGAACAGACGGUAAUUGAGAGGCAAAACUUGUCUAUUUCAGAAAAGUUUAUUAAUGAAUUAUUUGUAUUUAUUUCAAAAAUAAAUUUGUAACUUUGCAGU